AUGUUCAUAUUUUUUUUCCAUACGGCCAGUUUGGAUUUGAAUGGAAAUGGAUGCGGUGGAACUUUGAUUGGAGAAAAACACGUCUUGACAGCGGCUCAUUGUGUUCAUGGGUUAGCCGAUGCUACCAACUUCGUUGUGUAUCUUAACACGUUGUCAAUUUCCGGUGGAGGAGACGGCUCCGUUACCAGACAAGUAGCGUCAUUUGUGAUGCACGAAGCUUACGACGAUGCGACUCAGAUGAAUGACGUCGCAUUACUGGUGUUGAGUGAACCGGUGACAGACAUCCAAUUUGUCACUCUUCCGACGGACGACGGGGAGCCUGUUACUGAUGCGCCUACGGAUGCACCAACGGAACCGCCAACCGAACCGCCAACCGAACCGCCAACGGAACCGCCAACGGAACCGCCGACAGAACCACCAACGGAACCCACAACUACCACAAAACCUACUACCACCAAAAAACCCACUACUACCAAAAAACCGACGACCACCAAAAAACCGACGACCACCAAAAAACCAACAUCGACUAAAAAACCAACAACUACCAAAAAACCGGCGACCACCAAAAAACCGACGACUAAGAAACCGGUCACUACCAAAAAACCGACAACCAAAAAGCCAAUGGCGAAACCAACAACAACAAAGCCGAAAACCACCAAGAAACCGACGGUGAAGACUACAACAAAACCGAAAACCACCAAGAAACCAGCCAUGAGAGCUUUCCCUGACUACGCCAACAAACCGGCCGUCGUGGCUGGAUGGGGAACGACCUCUUCGGGUGGAAGCGCGUCAGACGUAUUGAUGAAGGCUGACGUCACGAUUCGAGAGAAUUCAGUUUGUAGCAGUCAAUACGGAUCGGAUUUCAACAGCAAUGCUAUGUUGUGUGCCUCCGCAGAUGGGAAAGACGCUUGCCAGGGUGACAGUGGCGGUCCGAUUUUUGUUGACGGAGUUCAAGUGGGUAUCACUUCCUUUGGCAGAGGUUGUGCUGAUCCUGACCAUGCCGGUGUUUAUACACGAAUCAGCACGUACAUCAACUGGAUUAAAACCACCCAGGCGAAUACUAGUAGCUAAAUAGCUUAUCAGUUUUCACCCGGUACAUCCAUGCGGUGUGCAGCUUUCGCCGUUACGACUGAACUUGUUUUAAAAGAAAAUCCUUUUUUCCUUUCACCUGCAUUCAGCAUCUUUCUAAAAUGUACCUUCAAUGCA